AUGAAACUGGCGUGUGCGUUAUUCUUGGUGCUUGCAGUAGCAAGUAAUUGGGGAUCCCACUUUUUCACCUCCUGUUUUGUGGACAAUUCUAGUUUGUCUCAACAGACGUACAGAGUUCCCUACCUCCAAAGGUUAAGUGAACUAAUUGCCCUCUCACCGUACCAAGAGCUGAGUGACAAAAGGGCAGAAGAGAAAAAAAACUUAAGGAGAAAAAGGGAGGACAACGAUUCGCCAAACGUAGAAGAUGAUUCUAGUGCGAAUGAUGAAAAAGUUACAAGCGCCUCCAGUAGUGGAGAAGAGGAGGUAGAGAAGGAGAAUGAACAUGUGAAGAGUAACAUUGCAGAUGCCCUACAACAGGAAGACGAGUCCAAUGCAGGGAUCAGCUUAGAUGGGAAAAAUUGGGAGGACGAGGAUGAACACAUUGUAGAGGCUAAUUCAGCAGAUCUCGUGAACAACGAACACGUUGUAGAGGCUAACCAAGCCGAUCUGGUGAACAACGAGCACGUUGUAGAGGAUAAUGCAGCUCCCGCUGAAGACGGAGCAUACACACAAACGACGCAGGACGAACAAGCUCAAGAUGCCUUUAUAAGGUUCUUCUCCCCCAAGCCAUGUAUUGUCCUCCCAGGAGAGGAAGGAUCCGACAAAUGUAAAGACGUGCGAGGGGGGAAUAAUAAAGAUUAUGACAUUAAGGUUACGUAUAACGAAAAAGAGGAGCACAUUAAUCGUGGUGAGAACAAGUGUGUAAACCUUAACAUUAAUGAUGGGUCCCCUCCAAGUAAAGAUGGACCAUCAAACAUUUUCAUUAACCUUUCUUUCGUGCCUAAUAUUCCGGAAGAAAUAAUAAACGACUUUUACCACAUUAUCAAAAGGUUGAAGUUCAUGUUUGAAGUUAUGGAACCUGAGGAGAAUAGUGUGCCGUCGGAGAUGGCAGGAAGUGCACAGGAAGCGAAAGAGGAAAUGUUGUAA